AGCUGUCGUCAAGACUCUCGACGUCCGGACACCUGCAUCCCUCCUCAAGGCUCCUCCGCAAACCAAAAUGGCCACCCAGAUUAGCAAGAAGCGCAAGUUCGUCGCCGACGGUGUCUUCCGUGCGGAGCUCAACGACUUCUUUACUCGCGAGCUGUCCGAGGAGGGUUACUCUGGUUGCGAUGUCCGGGUCACCCACGCCCGCACUGAAAUCAUCAUCCGCGCCACCCACACCCAGGAAGUUCUGGGAGAGAAGGGUCGCCGCAUCCGUGAGCUUACUGCCCUCGUGCAGAAGCGUUUCAAGUUCCCUGAGAACUCUCUCGAGCUUUACGCCGAGAAGGUUCAGUACCGUGGUCUCUCCGCUAUUGCACAGUGCGAGAGCUUGAGGUACAAGCUCCUCGGUGGUCUCGCUGUCCGCAGGGCCUGCUAUGGUGUCCUUCGCUUCGUCAUGGAGUCGGGUGCCAAGGGUUGUGAGGUUGUCGUCUCUGGCAAGCUCCGUGCUGCCCGUGCGAAGUCCAUGAAGUUCACCGAUGGCUUCAUGAUUCACUCCGGUCAGCCCGCACUCGACUAUGUCGACUACGCCGUCAGGCACGUCAUGCUCAGGCAAGGUGUACUUGGUAUCAAGGUCAAAAUCAUGAAGGGAUGGGACCCCGAGGGCCAGAUUGGUCCCCGCAAGCCUCUUCCCGACUCCGUCCAGAUUCUCGAGCCUCCUCUCGACAAGAUCGUUGCGGAGCCCACAUCCGAGCAGCGCGAGCCUGCUAUCGUCGCCGCACCGGCGCCGCCAGUGGAGGAGCAGGGUGCCUACCAGGCACCGCCGGAUGCGUACUCGCAGUCAUACGAGCAGCCGGCUGCGUUCUGAUGUAUGUAGUGGAUGACUACGUUGUUGUGUAUCAUGCUGGUCUUCAAUUCAUGACCAUUCACGCUGCAUUCCUGCCCUCAUUUGUCACUGCGUACUGCUUAAGUAAACGAGUGAGAGAUAUGCGCUGUCGUAUGGGAGCACGCAAAGGCGAGCCAUCCCACGCAUAUGUAAAUCCAAGCAAUGUUCCAUUACAGCCCUGUGGGCAUUACACGUAGAAGACCGCAUUAGAAGAUACAGAAGCGCGAUGAACGUCAAUAGUCUAAAGCUACAUAAAACCCUGUACAAUGUCCAGCCGAGCGAAGUCCAUGUUCGCGAGCACUGCUGUAACCGAUCUCACGCCUUGCCCCCGGAAGUGAGGACGUGCAGCUUGGAGAGGGAGCUGACCAGUGGGACUGCGUAGAACGCGAAGCCAACCCAAACCACUACUCCAGGAUCAGUGACGUUCGAGGAUACACCUUCGUUAAACAACUCACUGAUGAAGCCAUUGCUUGUAGCG